AUGGAAGCAAAUAGGAAGCUCCAGGCUGGAGCGUCCAGCAUAGACUCGAGUAUUCUUCAGUCACAAAUCGAUACCCUCCAAUGGCAACUCAAACAGGCUGAAUCAAACAGGCAGAUGUAUCGUGCUGUUAUGGAACAAGUAUCUAAGUUUCUAGAAAGAGUACAUAAAGCCCUCGAGAUGUCUCCUGGUAAAAUCCAUCCUAGCAGAGCAAAGUCCAGGUCCCGAUCAGUACACACAGUCGUAAGCCAAAGUCGUGGAUCAUCACCUUCACACGGUUCUUCAGUACACAGGGCAAACAGCAUAUCACAGAUGCAGGACACAUCGUACACCACCUUUAGAGAUCAUGCAUGUAGGCGAGGAAGCAGAAGCAGCCCCGAAGAAGUCUCGCCCGAAAGAUUGUCUCAGGAUGCUUUCCGCCUCCUUCGUACUGUUCAAUCUCUUCUUGCUACAAGAGAGCCAGACCUUGCUAGGGUUACUGAAUCUAAUUCUACUUCGCAAAUGGGUAGUUGCACUUCACUAGCCCAAGGCUCAUGCAAGGACGAGGAAAAAGCAACCACUCCACAGCCUUCAGUCGGCUCCACAGAGGAUGAGAGUGGUUUUUCCUCAAUGAGCUCAUUCCACGAGGCUGGCCCGAGUAACACCAGCACAACUGAAGGGUCUCACCACGAGCUGGGCUUACCGUUGGUCGAGCCACAUCGACACCGCCGUUGGAGCUCCACUCCCGCCGACACAGGAUUCCGCGAGCCACUCAGGGUCCUCUGGGAGAGGGAAGGAAGUGCCGUUGCCAAACUGUGCCUACAAAAAGACAAAGAAUUCAAAACCAAACCGAAGUUUUUAUUCUGA